ACAGCAGAGGGAGGGAGGGGAUGGGGCAGGCUGGUAACCGGGCUGUAACGGGGAUAAGCUGCAGCCUCCGUCUCUCAGAUGCUCUGAUGGAGUGAACCGGCCAGCGAUGCGCGUUUAUGUCCUUUCUCUGUCGAUCAUGGAGAGGGUUCGUCUCUCAUCCCAGUGAAGGCUGGUGCCGGGGGUCAGAGGUCGUCCACCGAACCCUGCACUUCUCCCUCUUACCCCUGCACCCCCUACCCCACCCCUCCCACCAAACCCUGUCCUCUUCUCCCUCCCAGCCACCCUACACUGCCUCCCCCCCUCACCCCAAACACUGGACCUUAUCUUAUGCCCCCCCCAGUUUUUUCUCACUCACAAACUCACAGAGCGGCCCUAUUCGUCUCCAAACCCCCCAGCACUUGUUUCCUGCCUGCCAGCCUCACCCAAUCAGCUUGAGAGGAAAGACCCCCCCAACCAACCAAGUAACAGUUUCAUGACGAGUCAGUCGUUCACCAGACACUGCGCUCAAGUGUCCUAGACAGCUUCUCAGAUAACGCCUCUCACACCCAGGCCUCACGAUGAUGUGCGAGGUGAUGCCCACCAUCUCGGAGGACGGGCGCGGCGGGGGAGGAGGUGGCUCGUCUUCCCCGGCGGGGGGCGGAGGAGGGAUGGGCGGAGGGAUAGGAGGCAUAGUGGGCUUCAGCAGCCGUGACCCCCGCGGUGUCGGCGGCAGCGACGAGGGGGGCAGCACGGGCAACCUGGAGUCGCUGAUGGUGAACAUGCUGACGGAGAGAGAGAGGCUGCUGGAGAGCCUGAGGGAGACGCAGGACAGUCUGGGGACGGCGCACCUACGCCUGCGAGAGCUGGGCCACGAGAAGGAGUCACUCCAGAGGCAGCUGUCCAUCGCCCUGCCACAGGAGUUUGCAGUGCUGACCAAAGAGCUGAACCUCUGCCGGGAACAGCUGCUGGAGAGAGAGGAGGAGAUAGCAGAGCUGAAGGCAGAGAGAAACAACACACGACUGCUGCUUGAACAUCUGGAGUGCCUGGUGUCCCGUCACGAGCGCAGCCUGAGGAUGACUGUGGUGAAGAGGCAGGCCCAGUCCCCAGCCGGGGUCUCCAGUGAGGUGGAGGUCCUAAAAGCCCUCAAGUCCCUAUUUGAGCACCACAAAGCUCUGGAUGAGAAGGUGAGGGAAAGGCUACGGGUGGCUUUGGAGCGAGUGGCGUCCCUGGAGGAAGAGCUGCAGACCUCCUCUCAAGAGGUCGUGUCUUUAAGGGAACAAAUCAAGCGACGGCAGCAGGGACUAGACAAUGGAAAAGAGCGGCUUCCCAACGGGCCGUCCUCCAUCUUGGACGACGCAGAUGUCGACAGGCAGAGAGAGGGCGAGAUAGAGCGGCAGAGGUCAGAGCUGGGACAGCUGAAAGAGAGACUGGCCCUCAUGUGCAGACAGGUCGGGGAGAUCGAGGAGCAGCUGACGUCCGCCAGGAGGGAGCUGGCCCGAUCGGAGGAGGCCAACCAGAAACUACAGAGGGAUGUGAAAGAGGCACUUUGUCAAAGGGAAGACAUGGAAGAGAGAAUCACCACAUUAGAACGCAGGUACCUGAGUGCCCAGAGGGAGGCGACGUCUCUCCACGACAUAAAAGACAAACUGGAGAACGAGUUGGCCAGCAAAGACUCUCUCUACAGACAGAGCGAGGAGAAGAACCGGCAGCUUCAGGAGCGUCUGGAUGAUGCCAAACAGAAGCUGCAGCAAACUCUGCAGAGGGCGGAGACGCUUCCAGAGAUCGAGGCCCAGCUUGCCCAGAGAGUGGCAGCACUCAACAAGGCAGAGGAGCGUCAUGGUAACUUUGAGGAGCGACUGCGACAGAUGGAGGCGCAACUGGAGGAGAAGAACCAGGAGCUACAGAGGGCGAGGCAGAGGGAGAGGAUGAACGAUGAACACAACAAGCGUCUCUCUGACACGGUGGACAAGCUACUGUCUGAGUCCAACGAGAGGCUGCAGCUCCAUCUGAAGGAGAGAAUGGCCGCCCUGGAAGAAAAGAACGCCCUCUCUGAGGAAUUGUCCAACAUGAAGAAACUCCAGGAUGAUCUCUUGGCAAACAAGGACCAACUGAUAGCAGAGCUGGAAAGGAUUCAGCUGGAGUUAGAUCAGCUGAGAGCGAGGCCUGGGGGCUCUUAUUCCAGUCGCUCUCUGCCAGGUAGCGCUCUGGAAUUGAGGUAUUCCCACGGGGGCGGGUCCCUCCCGACCGGCUCCACAACUCACCUGGAUCCCUUCGGUAACGCAACCUCUGGGGGCGUGGUCAGGCGGAGUCAUCGGGCCCGUUGGAGCUCUGCCCGUGAGGACUCGACCAAGUACCCUGACUGGGAUAGCGGGGCUCUGCUGGGGACCGGGUUCGAGCCGGGCUUGGAUGUGGGCUGCUCCGACGACGAGGACGACGGGGAGCCUCGGUUUGGCUCUGAGCUGCUGUCCCCGAGUGGACAGACAGACGUGCAGACCUUGGCCAUCAUGCUGCAGGAACAGCUGGAGGCCAUCAAUAAGGAGAUCAAACUGAUCCAGGAGGAGAAGGAGAACACGGAGUUGCGGGCCGAAGAGAUUGAGAGCAGGGUCAGCGUGGCUUUGGAUAGUCCGCCCAUCCCUCCAUCCACCCUGGGGAGAGACAGCACAGGACGGGGCUUCAUCCCCUCGUCCAUCACAUCCUCCACCCUGGCCUCCCCUUCUCCUCCCAGCUCUGGGCACUCCACCCCUCGCCUGCCUCACUCCCCGGCCCGUGAGACUGAUAGACAGAACAACAAAGAUGAUGAUAGGUCCCUCGCUCUUCUUGACUCCACGCCUCCUUCCACUCCUCGAGCACUGCGAUUGGACAGAAUGACCCUCACCCAUCCAGGAGCAAUGCUAGAUGACCCCCGGGAGUUCCGCAGUCUCUCGGCAGAUGGCAGCAGCUCCAACAGCAGCCAAGAUUCUCUCCACAAGUCCAGUAAGAAGAAAAGCAUCAAGUCUUCCAUCGGUCGGCUUUUUGGAAAGAAGGAGAAAGGAAGGAUGGGCCAACCUGGGCGGGAUGGAUCUGCUUCUCUUGCAUCUACACCCUCUGAAGACCUGGCCUCUGGAGACCCAAUGGGGAUGAACAAGACUGGGACUCUGGGUCCUGCAGAUAAAGAUCGCCGCAGCAAGAAGAAGCAUGAGCUACUGGAAGAAGCAUGUCGCCAAGGACUCCCCUUUGCAUCUUGGGACGGACCCACUGUUGUAUCUUGGUUGGAGCUGUGGGUGGGAAUGCCAGCCUGGUACGUCGCAGCCUGUCGUGCCAACGUGAAGAGCGGUGCCAUCAUGGCCAACCUGUCGGACACGGAGAUCCAGAGGGAGAUCGGCAUCAGUAACCCGCUUCACCGCCUCAAACUGCGGCUGGCCAUCCAGGAGAUGGUGUCCCUCACCAGCCCCUCUGCCCCGGCCAGCACUCGCUCUUCGACGAGUAACGUUUGGAUGACCCACGCAGAGAUGGAGUCUCUGAAUGCUGCCAUCAAGCCUCCGGAGCUGAAAGAGUUCAGCUGGGAUCAGAUACUGGCCUAUGGUGAUAUGAAUCACGAGUGGGUGGGCAACGACUGGCUGCCCAGCCUGGGCCUGCCACAGUAUCGCAGCUACUUCAUGGAGUCCCUGGUGGAUGCCCGCAUGUUGGACCACCUGACCAAGAAGGAGCUGAGAGGACAACUCAAAAUGGUGGACAGCUUCCACAGGGUCAGUUUGCAUUAUGGCAUCAUGUGCCUGAAGCGUCUGAAUUACGAUCGCAAGGAGCUGGAAAGGAGGAGAGAGGAGAGCGUCCACCAGAACAAAGAUGUGAUGGUGUGGUCCAAUGAGCGCGUGAUGUGCUGGGUGCAGACUCUUGGUCUGAAGGAGUACGCAGACAACCUGCGUGAGAGUGGAGUCCACGGGGCUCUGCUGGCUUUAGACGACACCUUUGACUACACUGACCUGGCCCUGCUGCUGCAGAUCCCCAAUCAGAACACACAGGCCAGACAGCUCCUGGAGCAAGAGUACAACUCCCUCAUCUCCAUGGGAACCGAGAGGCGACCCGAUGAGGAUGGUACCAAGACGUUCACCCGCUCGCCCUCCUGGAGGAAGAUGUUUAGAGAGAAAGACCUCCGGGGCGUGACCUCUGACUCCGCCGAGACCCUGCCUGCUAACUUCCGUGCCUCAGCCAUCUCCACGCCCUCCGUUACCCUGAGAAAGGUCCAGAGUGACGCCAGCUCUGGUGCCCGGGGUGAAUCUGCCUCAGUGAGGACGUACUCCUGUUGAGGGGCUGAGGGCGCUGACUGGAUUGGGACUAGAGGACCCUCUCGCUCAUCCACAGAGAAAGAAGCAAUGAAUAUAACCAUUUAACUUAAAAAUAAAUCUAUCGGUCUGACCAUUCUGCAAUAACAGAAGCAAAGGAAUAAAGGGGAAAAUGACAUGAAGAAUGUAUGAAUGUAUUUUCCGACCAGACUAGGAGGGUUGAAUUGGGAUCAGCUGUUUUCUCUCUCUGUCUCUCUCUCUUCCUGUCGUUCUGUCUUUGCUCUUUCUCUCUCGAUGUGACUGUGCUGUGGGGUUAAUAAAGGACAACGCCGGUGUUGGUUAGGUUUGUGCCGGUCGUGCAGGUUUCCCCUCUCUUCAUUCCUGUCGGAGUCUGCACACAGUCAGCAGAGUUGGCAAUAUCAGGGCUCAUUUUCCUACCUUCAGAGGAAACCACUUGCUGCCAUUUAUUCUCUUACAGUUUAAAAACAACUAAACGUGUCGCCUUAUAACUUCUGCUCCACAACAGGUGUUUUUAAUGAGAGCCAGGGCAGAAGUUAACCUCAUCGUAAAGUUUAGAUUUUAAAAACAAGAGGAAUGACUGGAAGGAUGUUACAAUGAUUGGGGGAAAUGACUGCAUGGACAUAAAACCGGUUGUAACUCCAAACAACACCAGUGUUCUCCUUUCUACUCAUGAGUCAGCCGGUGUCCAGUGUCAGCCAUUGUGGCUCCAUUGUCGGCUUCUAUGGUCCCGUCAGGGGUGUCUAAGUGCUCCCAAUUGGUCGGAGUGGUGUAGUAAAACACGUUCGAACUCAGACCACUAUUUAGCUCCGACCACAUGAGAGGGACCCUCCUCAUGCUUUGUCUAUUGGCACCUUGAAAGCCGAUAGGCUGAGUAAUCUCUUUUGAAGGGACCCCAUUAUAGAGAUCAAAGGCAUUAGAGGUUGAUGGGACAGGGUGGAGGGAGGCCACAGAGGCAUUAUGUUCACUGAUUUCAUGAUGUCGAUGGCAGGAAAUCUAUACAGUCAGUGUUGGUACCACUUUCUGGCGUACUUUACAAGGAGUUUAUAAAUUCUUACAUUUGGCUCUAUCAAUUUUUUAAGGGGAACACCACAUAUUUUUACAUUACAUUGAGUUUACUCAUCAGGAAGAGCGUGAAAACGGUUGUGGGAUGUCUUCUUUGGUGCUGGAGGAGCUAAACCCUCACAAUGCCAUAGUGAUUCCAUCAGGGAAAUUUAAAAUGGGUUUGCUGGGCAUUUAGGAGAUACAGGGAUUAUUGAAAGACGAUACUGUGUUGCGUUCCGGGAAAUGCAGGAUCCAGCAUUCUUGGAGCUUCACCCAUAUUAGAGACUACAACGUCAGGAUGUAUCUGCUUCUGAUGCUUAGAUUUUCACCAGUUUAAAAAAAAAAACUGCCUCUUGUGAGUUGCCCAACUUUGUCCAAGAGCAAUGGUUAAAACAGUUGAGUACUCAUUCAAUAAGUAAUGUAAUAAUGCUUUACAGAAAGAGAAGUAAAGCAUCUACUACAGUAAUAACAACACAUUUUAGUUUGCCAAAUUGUAAAAAAAAUCCAUUUGAAUGGUUCUUCUUAUUCUUAUUCUUUGGGAGGACACCACCGAUGGACAUUUCAAACACACACAUUACCUUCAAUAACUGCAGACCUGUAGCUACAUAUGAGGCACAUGUAAAAAGUCAAGUUUUCUGACUUAGUAAUGAGCCAAAGGCAGUUUAAGUAAUAAAAGGUAUAUCUACCCUGAGUAAAAUUUAAAAUGUUGUAAUAAGUUGUUAAUAGACGGAUUCAGAAUGACAAGAUCUUAUUUGUAUCUUAUUCCUGCAUUUCUACAAAUUGAAACAUAAUUACCAUGAAAACGCCUCUGAUAAUGAAUUGUGAACCCUUAGUAAAGUAUGCCUUAUUACAACAAAGUGUUGCUUAUAUUUAGGAAAGCUUGACCUUGACACUGAGGUCAGACAGACUCCUCACUAGCCCUCCACGAUGUCGCUGUGUGGUUUAUGACUUGUAAUCAUCAGCUCAGGGUCUUGGGUAAUCCUGAUGAUGUGAGAGGGUGGCAGAGAGACAAAACAGCAACUCACAGGGAGGAAAGAAAAAAACUAAAAGGGUGGACAGAAGCCGGUCAUUUUACUGCACACACAAGCCAUAACAGAAACCAAGAGCUCUCUGGGGGGUGAGAUCAGAGAGAGGCAGGAAGAGAGGGCGAGCCCGAGGAAGCCCAGGAAACAAAACCUUUAGCCUCUGUGUUUACGAUGCAUGUCAAACAAACGACAAUGACCUAAAAACAUUUUUUUUGGUGGUGAAGAUGAUAUGAGGUGUCUUUAAAAAAAAUAUAUAUCUGUAUGAUAAACCUACAGGGGGUGGGAGCCUGGGGAUCAAUUUGUAAAAUGUGUGUAUUUUUUUCAGUUGUAUUUUUUAUUUUUUACGAUAUCUAUUUAUUUUCUUUAGGUAUGUAUUGGAUAAACGUAUGUACAUGUUCUGUUCCUUCUUGACUUCAUUUGAACUAGUUUUAAAAGUAAAUAUGAAACAUUGAAAAUGGUCAUUCAAAUACGCUACUGUAUGUGUACAUUUUGAGAACAAAUUGUGCAAUGAUUUAACAGAUUUCCAUGAUUAAAGUGAUAGUAAUACAAAUGGAAAAUAUCAUCUGGAAAAUAAACAAUAAUGAUGAUAAUGAAAAUGGUGAUGUAAAAUAAAAAAAUAAAUAAAGCGAUCCAGGUGGAUCUGCUGAUCAUCGCAAA